AAUGAAUAUGAAUUAAACGAAAUUGGAUUGCUACAAUAAAACUUAAGCUGCAGGUAGUGGAUCUAAAGCAGGAAAUACAUUUAUUUCUGGAACUUUGAUGUCCAAUUGGCAUGAAGAAGCUCAAUUAAAAGAGGACACUGGUUUUGGAAGAGCACCUAUUCCUUAACAUAUUAAAAAGAAACAUGCUGAUUUAAUGCUUAAACCUCCUGAAGAAAUUCCUCUUUAUAAAGAACCAAUAAAUUAACUAGAUACAACAACUAGGUUAUUUGGUAAAAUAUAACCAGACAUUCCAAAACCAGCUUCACAAAAGUAAUUCAAUUAUAUAAAAUUAGCGUUGGUGGCACUGUUAAUAGAGCUGAUUUAAUACCUAAAGUUGGAAAGAAAGCCUAAUUAAUUGAAUAAUAAUAUUUAUAAUAAAUUCAGACAGAAUUAGAUUCUAGAGAAGCAGACAGUUUCAGUUAAACAUAAUAGAGAUAUUUUGAAACAACAUGUAAAUCAGAAUUUAUUUAAGUAAUUCUAAAUAUUUACUUUAUUAGAAACCAAUAGAAAAUAAUACUAUUGGAAGAAGAGUAAUGAGAACACAAAAUGGAACUGCAAUAGAUGCAGACAAAAAAGAUGUUGAUUUAUUAAGUGACAUGGGAUUUUAUUAAAAGUAUCAUUAUAAACUUAAUCUAUAUUAGACCUUAAUUAUCAUCUGAUUAAUAAUUAGCAUCAAUAUUACCAUAAGAAUCAUAUCUAACAGCUAAACCUAUUACAUUUUAUUCUGAAAAGUAAGCUUAAGGAAUUAUUUACUAAUCUAAGCCAAUAAAUGAAGUUAGACCAUUUCAUAAAACUGAUGAAUUUGUUAAAAAAUUUCAUCACUUCACUCAUGUAAAGAAUUGA